CCAUAGGGGUCGGAUGUUUCGUUUAGUGAAUUUUCUGCGUAUUUUUCCCCGAUCGUGUCGAAACUUUUUACGCGCUGUGUUUUUGGAUUUUGACUCUGUGGUUGCUCAUUUAUGUUUUAAUUGUUGAACUUAUUAAACAAGUGGGGUUUUGAAUGUUUUUUUGAGUGAUUUUGGACGCUUUUCGGAGGAAAAAUAUUGUUUUUUUAUGAGAUAAACAUUAAGGAUGAGUGCGUGAAGUGGGAACAGUAUAAUGUCGGAGCGUUUCACGAAAUGGCGUCGUUAGAGUGAGCAACAUGGCGGAUGGUUUUGGCGGGAAAGGCGCGUUUGUGCUCCUGCUACUUCUUGUGGAGAACGUUCUGUGUCAGCUGGCGAAGGAGAGCGAGGACUUAGUGGACUUUGUUCCAGUGUCGACGAUGGACGUGGAGGCCGUGGUGGGCAGGACCGCUUCCUUACCCUGUGACAUCGAGCCUGACUCUCAUGAGGACCGGGUCUACAUGGUGCUUUGGUUCAGACAUGCUGGCGGGAAACCGUUGUACAGCUUCGACGUCCGUGGUCGCAGUUUCAACAAGGCCCUCCACUGGUCAGAUCCCCUCGCCUUCGGGAGACGGGCGUACUUCGUGACGAUGUCCAGGCCCUCGUCCCUGACCGUGGAUGCCGUCCAGCUGGAUGAUGAGGGCGUCUACAGGUGCAGGGUGGACUUCAAGAACUCACCUACCAGGAACUUUCAGAUACGGCUCAACGUUGUGGUACCUCCUCACCAACUGCUGCUGUACGACGAGGCAGGUCGCGACGUGGCCGGUGUGGUCGGACCUUUAGAAGAAGGGGGCAACUUCACACUGCUCUGCGAACUUAGAGGAGGUCGACCUCAACCAACCCUAUCCUGGCUCAUAAACAACAAGCCGGUAGAAGACCACACGGUCCUCAAGAACGACGGGAAGAUCAUCAUCAGCAGAAUCAGCGUCCACGGAGCUGAAAGGAGCUGGUUGAACAGCAGCGUCAAAUGUCAGGCCACCAACACGCCUCUACUGAGCCCUCAUGAAAGAACAGCUAGGGUUGAAAUGAACUUACGGCCUACUUCAGUGUCAAUAUUGGAUAAGCCUGGACAGCUGUCAGCGGACUCUGAGGUCACAUUGGUCUGUGUAACCCAUGGAAGCCGACCUGCUGCUCUGGUGACUUGGUAUAGGGAGAAUAGGAAAUAUACGAGAGGAAAGCACAGCGAGUUCACGAACGAAACAUCUACCGUCAGCCGACUGACCAUGCUGCCCCAACCGGAAGAUGAUGGCUCCAUGAUCAGGUGCCGAGCUGACAACCCAGUUCUCAGGGUGGCACUCGAGGACUCCUUCAAAAUGAGCGUUGUUUACAGGCCAGUGCUGACCAUGUCCCUGGGCAGCACACUAAACCCCAACGACAUAAAGGAAGGAGAUGACGUGUACUUCGAAUGCAACAUCAGAGCCAACCCGAAGGAGCACCGCAUCUCAUGGUACCAUAACGACCACCUGGUGACGCAGAACAUGUCCUCAGGAGUGUUCAUCAGCACCAAGUCGCUGGUGCUCCAAAAAGUGACGAAGAGAGACGGUGGACUAUACUCCUGCAGGGCUGCCAACCAAAUUGGAGAGUCGAGUAGUCAAGCUGUGUAUUUGAGGGUGCAAUUCGCGCCGUUAUGUGCCCAACUGACGCCGCUGGUCAUCGGCGCCCGCUUGGACGAGCCCUUGCGAGUGCGCUGCACGGUCAGCGCUGACCCCGCCGAUGUGGUCUUCUACUGGCAGUUCAACAACAGCGGCGAGAGCUUCCAGGUGUCCCCCGCGAGAUAUGCAGUGUCAACGGGCGGCACGUCGAGCGAGCUGCGCUACCGUGCCGCAAGCGAGCGGGACUACGGCGCGCUGCUGUGUCGCGCCACCAACGCUGUCGGGCGACAGAAGAAGCCUUGCGUCUUCCAGAUCGUACCCGCUGCUCGUCCAUCGCCACCGAGGAACUGCACAGCCAAGAAAACGAUGAAGAACAAUGAAGCCUUCCUCACAGUCCGUUGCAUAGCAGGCUACGAUGGAGGGCUGAACCAGCAUUUCACCCUCGAGGCUGUGGGUGAGACCAGCAGGAUCCUUGAGAACAGCACUGCCAGUAAAACUGAUUUCGUCGUAUGGCUGAAUGUGAGCUGGUCGGAGCUGGAAUCCAUGCCAGAUGACGAGGUCCUCACCGUGGCAGCGCGGAACAGCAAGGGCAUCUCAGACCCUGUGCUCAUACGAGAUCUGGUCUACAGGGACGCUGCGAAGCAUAUAGAAGAAACAACGAGAACAAUGUCCAAGUUCCCAGUAGCGGCGGCCAUUGCAGGUCUUGCAGCUGUCUUCACGGCAGCCGCUGCAAUUGUCGUGCUUGUACUACGAAAGCGCAACGAAACAACAUCGAGCAGUAAACGACCAUCCCAGAGCGUGGUCCAGGUAGACGCGAAUGGAAGACGGUACCUCAUCGCUUACCCAGCACCUGCUGAUAAGCUGGAGACCAAGCCGGAUAUCCUGAACCCUAAAGCUGAUAGUGAGCCUCCUCGCGUAGUGCUGGAGUCUAGCGACAGCAAAACCUACACAAUCAAGGAGGCCAGCCAGCCCAGCAAGUCCUCCUACCAGCCACCGCGCGCUGAAGAUGAUAUGAUGCCUCAGAGAUAACAUACGGAACCGGAGCUACGCGUCGUGUAAAUAUACCAUUAAAUUGUACAUUUUCUUGAUUGCCAAUGAACUUAACUUUAAGGGAAAUAUAGACGAAUUCUUCCAUAUCACUUUAAAUUAUAAAGGCUAUAAGAAGAAGGGAUCUACAAAUUGAGGUAGAGUCAAACUCAUGGCGCGUUUUUGUUAUUUUCGUAGGGAUCUCUAAUUUUUGAAAAUAAAAUAUAGCCUAUGUCACUUAGGAAUAAACUAGCUUUAUACUAGUGAAAGAAUUUUCAAAAUCGGUUCACUAGUUCCUGGGAUUACUCCCAACAAACCAACUUAUAAACUUUACCUCUUAGUUUUAUAAUAUUAGUAUAGAUAAAAUGAUAUUAUAUUAUCUACACAACGAAAAUUUUAAAAUGAUAAUUUUAUUGAGUACCAUAAAAACGAUUUUGUGUCCAUUUUCAAAUGGUAUUAUAAUUACAAGUAAGUUUACAAUAAGUAUAAGUAAUUCGACUUAACAAAAACUUUUAAAACACCUUAGAUCAAUUUUUGAAAACCCUGAAAUUUUAAUUAAGAUAAUUUUAAAACAUCCAUUUAAAAUGAAUAUAAUGUUAUUACCUGUAAAUAGAUCCCUUCUUCUUAUACAAAAUUAAUUAUAAUAUUAUGAUAUUUAAUGUAAAUUCUAUGAUAUCUUUAAAUAAAUGUUGAUACUUGAA